UUUCUUCCUUCCUUCACCAUUGAGGUGAGGUGAGGGAGCUACUUUACUCACUUCCUUGUCAAUAACUAGCUAGCAAGCUCUUCUUCUUCCUCCUCUCUUCCUCCUCCAGCAGGCCUGAUCUGUUGCCAUGCGUGCAUCACAAAUUGAUUAGCUAUAUACUUAGUUGGUUCCCUACCCAUACAGAUCCAUCCACCACAGACAAGAUUAGGUAGGUAGAUAGCUAGGAUGCAGCAGGCAAGGGCAGGGGAGGAGAGCAGCAGCGUGCACACGGUGAACGCGGCCGCCGUGGUUCUGGCCGCGGCCGCGCAGAGCAGCACCGGCCUGCGCCCCCACCACCACCACCAUCUCCACCACCACCACCACGACCACGACACCUCCGCCGCCGCUACGAAGAAACGAUGGUGGUCGCGGCUGUCGUCCACGCUCUGCUUCCGCCCGCACUUCCACGCCGACGGCGACACGCCGCCACGCCCGCCCGCCACAGCAUCCCACACGGCAUCAGCAUCGGCGUACGUGCACCAGGCCCCGCCUGCCCACCCGGUCUUCGCCUUCGCGGCGCCGCCCUCGUCGCCGGCCUCCUCGCUCUUCCAGUCGGAGGCGCCCUCACCGGUCCUCCUGGACCUCCACGGCACGGCCGGCAGCUCGCCCGGCAUGUUCGCCGUGGGGCCCUACGCGCGCGGGCCGCAGCAGCUGGUGUCGCCCCCCGUGCUCUACUCCGCGCUCACCACCGAGCCCUCCACCGCGCCGCGCACGCCCCCGGCCACCACGGGGCCCUCCUCCCCCGAGGUCCCCUUCGCGCGCUUCGUCGUCGACGACGGAGGGCACGAGCUGCUGUUCCACCACGCCGCCUACCAGCUGCGCCAGCAGGGCAGACCUGCACCCCUCGUCUCGCCGGGACCGGAGCCGGGGUCCCCUUCGUCGCCGUGGCUCUUCCGGAGGCUGCACCGGCGCGACCAGCAGGGCUCGCUUCUCGACGGCCACGUCCCCGUCGCCUCCUCGUGUGCGGGCGCCGACGCCAGGGACGUAGACGAUGAUGAGGACGAGGAGGUGCCCGAUAGCGCCGGGGAGUUCGUGUUCGGCCAUGCCGACGGCCGCGGCGCCGCGCCGGAGGAGGAGAUAGUAGAAGGCAAGAAGUGGCAUUUCUUCCCCAUGGCCACGGGUGAGCAGCACGCUAAGAUGUGAGCCCAAUAGCGCUGCUGACCUGACAGUGUAUCUAGUUCAUCACCCUAAACUGAUUCAGCAAACACAGUUUAGGCAAGGAAAAUAAUUUCUUUAUGUGCAUGUAUGUACACAAGCUUUAACUUUGCUGGACAAUGUAGUGACAAGAAGCUAAGUAAUGUUGGUCCAUGU